ACCGUCUUCGCUCAUUUAAAUCCCCGAAUACCCUUGGUGAUUCAAAGGUUGUCAUUCACCUUCCAACAUGAGCCUAAGAUUUCCAAAACAUUUUCAGAUCCUCAAAAGCUCCAUACGGACAUGUUCAACAAAAGCUUCUGAAUCCUCAUCAGUCUCCAAUCUGUCAAUUGCUACUAAACAGCAGCUGUAUAUGAUUGAUCAAGUGACUCCUGGAUCAAUAUUUUUCCUACCCCAUGGCACAAGAAUUUUCAAUAAGUUGAUAGCAUUUAUGAAAGCUCAACAGAGAAAGCAUGGUUUUGAAGAAGUUAUCACACCAUUAAUUUAUAGAAAACAACUUUGGGAAAAAUCGGGUCACUGGGAUAACUAUAAAGAUGAUAUGUUUAGAGUAGAAGGAAGUGAUGUUGAAAAAGAAGAAUAUGGUUUGAAACCAAUGAAUUGUCCUGGUCAUUGUUUAAUAUUUGAUAGAUUUGACCGUUCGUAUCAAGAAUUACCUAUAAGGUUAUCUGAUUUCAGUUCACUACACCGGAAUGAAGCUAGCGGUGCUUUAUCGGGACUAACAAGAGUUAGAAGAUUCCACCAAGACGAUGGUCACAUCUUUUGCACACAAGAUCAAAUUAAACAAGAGAUUGAAUCAACGUUGAGCUUGAUUGAUAAAGUUUACAACAUUUUCAAAAUCCCAAAUUACAAAAUGCUACUCUCCACCAGACCCGAAGAAUUUAUUGGUGAAAUUGAGGAGUGGAAUACUGCUGAAGAUGCAUUGAAGGAAGUUUUACAAGGUACCGGGAAACAAUGGGAAAUCAAUGAAGGUGAUGGUGCAUUUUAUGGACCAAAAAUCGAUAUUGUCUUAAAAGAUCAUACUGGUAAAGAACACCAAGCAGCCACAAUCCAGCUGGACUUUCAACUUCCCCAUAGAUUUAACUUGAAAUAUACCACAAAUCAGAACGGUGUAACCAAACAACCAAUUAUGAUUCAUAGAGCAGUUUAUGGUUCAUUAGAAAGAUUUUUGGCCAUCCUAAUUGAUCAUUUCAACGGUAAAUGGCCAUUCUGGAUAAGUCCAAGACAAGCUGUCAUAAUACCUGUUUCUGAUAAACAUAUUCCAUAUGCUCAAGAAUGUGCAAACAUUAUCAAUGCUGAAAAUCAAAGUGACGAAGGCAAACUUAUUGAACAUAAAUUUUACAUUGAUAUUGAUUCAAGAAAAGAGACAGUUGGAACAAGAAUCAAAGAAAGUGUAAAGAAGGGUUAUACUUAUAUCAUUAUGAUUGGUGAUAAAGAACUGGAAGCCAAAAAAGUGGCCAUAAGGCAUUCAUCUGAAAGAACACCACAAGUCAUAACACCACAAGAAACCAGAGAGCUCUUUAUUGAUCUCGAAAACAACUACAAAUAAUCAUACU